CUCUCUCUCUCUCUCUCUCUCUCUCCUUGUUUAACACUUGCUCUUUCUUAAACUGUUUCUCAGUGACUUCAAUGGCAGCCUCACCAGAAGAAAUCUCAGCUCUUGAACUCAUUCGCCAACACCUUCUUGAUGAUUUUGCGUUUGUGGACUACUACUGUCUCUCAAACUUAUCAGAUAAUCCAUUAUCGCAAACUUCAAGUUCUGGGUCUGUCAAUUCUGAGAUGAGAAACAGUCCAACUCUCGCUUACUCUGUUUCUCUAUCAAACUAUGAUUCCAAAACUACAAGCUCAGAGCUUGAAGUCUCAAACUACCUCGAACUUGACCAAAACGAACACCACUCACAUCAAUUCAGUUUCAAUUCAAACCAAAACGAACACUUCGAAUUCGAAACAAAGACACAGAAAAAUGAUUCGAAGUCACCAAAAACAUCGAGUUUCAGUGAUCGCAAACCAUCAUUGAAUAUCUCUAUACCACCAGCAGCGAAGAAUCUUGAGUGGCAGUCAGAGCUGAAUAAUCCUCAGCCGCAGGUACCGGUGGCUGAUAGGAAAGUGUCAGAUUCCAGCGAGAAAAAGCACUACAGGGGAGUCAGACAACGGCCAUGGGGGAAGUUCGCAGCUGAGAUUCGAGACCCAAAUCGAAGAGGGUCUCGAGUUUGGCUCGGAACAUUCGACACCGCCAUUGAAGCAGCAAAAGCCUAUGACAGAGCAGCGUUCAAGCUAAGAGGAAGCAAAGCCAUCCUGAACUUCCCACUUGAAAUUGGGAAAAACUUGACGGAAUCUCGCCCACCGGCGAGCUGUGGCCGGAAAAGAGCGAGAGAGGAGGAGAAGGAAGAGAAGGGGAGCCAUAAGGAAGUGAAGACAGAGGAGAUGACGGAAAACAGUGACGGCAAGAGUGAAAUUGUUUCAACGGCGGCUUGUCCAUUAACGCCGUCAAGUUGGACCACAGUUUGGGAUUCUGGGGAUGUCAAUGGUAUUUUUGAGGUGCCUCCGUUAUCGCCGUUAUCAACCUAUGCAAGUUUAGGUUAUUCUCCGCUUAUGGUUAUUUAAGAGAAAGUUUUUGGGUUUUGACGGAGUUUACUAAAUUAAGAAGCACCUGACUCCAAAAAGAGUCUGUGGUGAUGUAACUAUCUGAAUUAUAUUCACAAAAAAAUAUAUAAAAAAAAAUGGAUAGGUGGAUAAGGUGAUGAUGAAUGUACAUACAUAUUAUUAUGGUUUUCAUUUUGAAUAUUAAUAAUAUUAUUUAGAUUAAAUUUAUUUAUUA